AUUCAUUUUGAACAGCUUGGACUGAACACAUCUCUUUCGUAAAAUAAAACACAAAAAAAAACAAUAUGAAAAAUUGAACAAAAAUUCUAAAUUCGUAGCCAAGGAUUAACUUCAACGUAUUUCUUCAGCAGGAAAAAAAAUCCCAGCCGUACCUUUUGAGCCCCUCCUGCAGAUUUUAGAAGAGAUUCCAGUGUCCUUUACCAAAUCCAAACUUUCAAGAUGGUUCUGAUGCUUUGCUGCAGCUUCGAUCCCUUCUACGUUGGACCCUGCCCACCCGGCUGCCUGGCUCCUUUGAUGGGAGGAACUCCCUAUUGCGGAUGUGGUCCCUGUGGAGGUUGCUGUAGUCCUUGCUGUGGUCCAUGUGGUCCUUGUGGUGGCUGCAGCUCGUGUCCUUGCGGCUGGUGAAGCGCCCGCUAUCAUAGGCAUUAAUACGGCAGCAAGCGGUAACAAGUCAAUUUAAAGAUCAACCUUCUGGAAAAGACUGCUGGAGAAAUAUGUUGCUGUUCGAAUUCCUUUUUGCCUUGGCCGGGGCUAAACCAACUAAGCUCUCGUAUACAUAAAGAAUUUUUAUUAUAAGCUGUUCAGUAAUAAAAUGAAUUAAAGUAC